AUGUCUCAAUCCAGUAACUUCGAGCUCACAAUCACACCGUUGAGACCUGCCAACAUACCAGCUGAAGAGCCUAUCUUUACCGCUGCAGAAAAAAUUCUUGAUUUGACUACGUCCUGGAAACCUGGAAAGACAUAUCACGGAGUAAAGACCUUCACUGGGCCUAAGAGACCUCAAGAUGGUGCUACCUGGCAUUGCCGGGUUAGCCAGCAUACCCCAGAAGAGGCUACCUUCGACCAGAUUUGGGAGAAACUUGGGAAUAAUAAAGCGGUCAACGAGAGAGAGUUCAUACCCGACAUUCAGAAAGUAACCCAAGUACAAGCAAUCUCUCCAACUCAGGAAAUUUGGACGCUGCGUUACAAGUUUUCGGUACCGUUCUCAACCCGUAUUUUCACCGUGUUGCAAGUCAAACGUAUGAGUGAUAGUCCACGUGCAGGAAUGGUAGUCUCCAUUCCUAUCGAUUUGUCUGCCGAUCCCGAAUUAUCAAAGCUAGAAGAGAAGGGUGUCAAAGGCCGCUAUGUCAGCGUAGAACGUUUAUUGGAACUCGAGAACGGCAACACGGAAUGGCGAAUGGCAACCUCCAGCACACCUGGUGGAAGUAUACCUGACUUUCUUGUGGUCAUGAACAUGAAUAGUAAGAUUGCGGAGGAUGUACCCCUUUUCCUCAGGUGGUUGAAGGAAACUAACGCAAAACAGCCGGAGACCAUUGCCAAUUAG